AUGGAGGUCGACGACCCCCCUGCGGCCGACCCUCGACCGGGAACUCCGCACCUCUUCGACUCCUCGGAACCCCCUUCGGACCCUGCCACGCCUACUCCCUUCCCUCGAAGCUCCCUGAAACGUAGAGCAGUCUCUCCACCGAGCAAGCCACCUGCCACGGCGCCGGCAGCCUUUCCGGCCUCGACGCGCACCCUUUCCGUCCGCCAACAGGUCAGCGCAGCUGCGGACGACCAACUCCUCUUCCUGAGCGACUGGAAGCUAGCAACAACCUCCCUCGCCGAAGCGCUUGACUCGGCUAUCUCCUCCCUACAGGGCCGCCCACGCGAGCUCGCCAGCGCACUCGCAACGAAGUUCAUCUCCCUAGCCCGCCGCGAUGUACCGCAGCAAGGCCCCCCAGGUCCUCCACCGCUUCCCCAGCCCACGGCACCCACUGCCCCCCAGCGAGCACCUCAGAUCCCGCAGGCCCAGCCCUGGGCCUCGAUAGCCAGUCCCGUGCCCGGCCAGGAAGCCUGGCAAACCACGGCGCCGAACCAACGUGACCGAACCCGGCAGCGGCAGCGCCAGACGAAAGAAAGCGACUCCCGCAUCUUCCUCCGACUCCCAAGCUCCUCCAGCUUACGGGAUAUUGGGCCCCAUGGCGUCCGAGUCACACUAGCAUGCAAAGUCCCCGGCGAAAUCACACGAGUACAAACUGUCCCUACAGGCUACGCUAUAUCCGCAACCAAAGAAGGCACGACCUUCCUACUCUCUUCCCAGGCUAAACAGCUAGCCGGGGACGGCUACUUCGAGGCCGCGACGGAAUACCACCAGGUCGUGGUCUCCCGUAUCCCACAGCGAAUCUGGACCCCCGAUAAUGGCUGGAUGCCCACUACAGUCAGCGAUAUUAGUGUAGAAGCGGAGCGAAUAACCGGCCAAAAGCCGCUCACGACUAAGCUCUCUAACCACCAGAUCCAAGCAGACUCUGUCACAGCGGUUAUAGCUUUCCCAAAGAAGCUCCGCUACAUGCUUCAGCUAUUCGGCGCCUCCGGCCUUUCUAGGCCUACUCGCCCAAAGCAACGGCCGCUACAGUGUACCCGCUGCCACAGCUUCCAUGACACGCGGGCCUGCCGCUCUAGCGAACGCUGCGUCUCCUGCGGAUCGUCCAAGCCAGAACAUACCUGCCGCGCGCAAUGCAUUAACUGCCAUGGACCGCAUGCUGCGGACUACCCAAAAUGCCCCGCUAGGCCCUAUACACAGAAAGGGGCUAUCGUCCGCCUCUCGAAAGCUGCCUUGACUGCCGUUCGUAAGGCCGGCCGGACCGCCUUCCAGCAACAACAAGCUAGACGCACCCCUGACCCACGAGCGACUAACCCGGGUCUUCACUAUCAACCGUCAAGCCAGCUCUCCCAGGAGCUCGCGAACCAACUCUCCCCCAACGCAGAGCUAUGA